GCCAAUGGAGUGCUGGUUGAAUUGAACGCGUCUGAUGAAAGUCCCAGGCGUGACAAAUGCGUUUCCAGACUUGUGAGAAGCUGCGAGACCCGACGGGAUUCCUACCGGACUGAGCAACCAACAGUGGUCGGCCACGUGGACAGCAAACUAAUACUGUCUCUCAGCGGCUAUAAAAGCCAGGCGGUAUGUUGGUCUCGGGCCGUCUCUCCGCUGCAACAAGCUGCCUUGUUGACUCCGGCACAUUUAAAGCGGUGGUCUUCUUGGCGCCUGGUCUUUCUCUUGCCGCUGCCCAAUCAAGACCCCAUAUUGAACCUAGCUGAUCCUGUCUACGCUGUCGCCAUGAGUCUUGCACAGGAGAACGCAAAGUACUUUGAUGCGCAGGCAUCGACCUACAAUGAGAAGGACUGGCAUAAGAUCCUCUCCGAGCAACUUCAUACCGCCAUUCGCAAAAACGUGGGAUGGAUCGGCCUCGAUUGGGCUACCGACGACGACCGCUCCUCAAGCCGGAAAGAAGUCCGCUUGAUGGAUUACGCCUGCGGGACUGGAAUGGUAACCAAGGCGCUGAAACCUCACAUCACUGCCGCGACUGGCGUUGACGUUUCCUCUGGAAUGUUGGACGUCUACAAGCAAAUUUUCCAGACGGUUCCCAACGAUACUUCCACUGCGAAGACCGACAUCAAAGUGACCGCCCAGCAAGGCGACCUCUUGGCACAGCCAGCCGACCCUGCACUUGCAUCAGCGGAGUUUUAUGGCUUUGAUAUCGUAGCUUGCAGCCUUGCAUUUCACCAUUUUGCGGACGUGGACUUGGCCGCGCAGAGGAUGGCGGAACGUCUGAAGCCUGGCGGUGUGUUGCUCAUCAUUGAUCUCUUGCAUCAUGACGGGGGCUACGGCCACGGACAUGGGCACGAUCACGGCCACGGGGACGGCCAUGGGCACGGACACGGAGAUGGUCAUGGGCACGGCCACGGGCACGGACAUGCGCACGGUCAUGAACAUGGGCAAGGACACGGUCACAACCACGAGCAUGGCCAGCACAUACAUGGCGAGCAUCAUACCCCUGCUUCCAAGCAAACUCCUCACAGCCAUCUUGACGUUGAUCACAUCGAUCAGGUCCCGGAGGAGGUGCGCAAGGCCAUCAAGGUCUUGAGUUUUGGCGAGGAGACGGUCAAAGCGGCUUUCGACGGCGCGGGGCUGGUAGAUUUUCAAUUCAUGCCGUUGCCGGAAAAAGCCAAAUUUGAACAAGGGGCCAUGAAAGCGGAAAGGACGAUUUUUUUCGCCAGGGCGAAGAAGCCAUUGAAUCUUACUCACUAGGGACAACGUCGCAAGAUUCCGAUCCUCCCCGCCUUUUUUCUGAGUGGAGCCGGAUUGGCAAUGGACUUGCUUAUGUCGUGUACGUAGGAAAUCCUCAUUCGUAUGUAGUUCUCCCUACAUGUCCUGUAGCAUUGUCCGGUCUAGACUUUCGGGCAUGUCUGCCAAUGUUUGUCAUAUAGCGAAUACAUUCUUGUUUCAUCAA